CGGGGCUCCCUGGCCAUGUCUCCCGCCCGGCUCCGGCCCCGCCUGCGGUUCUGCCUGCUCCUGCUGCUGCUGCUGGUGCCGGCGGCGCGGGGCUGUGGGCCGGGCCGGGUGGUGGGCAGCCGGCGGCGGCCGCCGCGCAAGCUCGUGCCGCUCGCGUAUAAACAGUUCAGCCCCAACGUGCCCGAGAAGACCCUGGGCGCCAGUGGCCGCUAUGAAGGCAAGAUCGCGCGCAGCUCGGAGCGCUUCAAGGAGCUCACCCCCAACUACAAUCCAGACAUCAUCUUCAAGGACGAGGAGAACACCGGCGCCGACCGCCUCAUGACCCAGCGCUGCAAGGAUCGCCUGAACUCGCUGGCCAUCUCGGUGAUGAACCAGUGGCCCGGGGUGAAGCUACGGGUGACCGAGGGCUGGGACGAGGACGGUCACCACUCGGAGGAAUCGCUGCAUUACGAAGGCCGCGCGGUGGACAUCACCACGUCGGACCGCGACCGCAAUAAGUACGGACUGCUGGCGCGCUUGGCAGUGGAGGCCGGCUUCGACUGGGUGUAUUACGAGUCCAAGGCCCACGUGCAUUGCUCCGUCAAGUCCGAGCACUCAGCCGCAGCCAAGACAGGCGGCUGCUUCCCUGCUGGAGCCCAGGUGCGCCUGGAGAGCGGGGCACGUGUGGCCUUGUCAGCUGUGAGGCCCGGAGACCGAGUGCUGGCCAUGGGGGAGGAUGGGAACCCCACCUUCAGCGAUGUGCUCAUUUUCCUCGACCGUGAGCCGGACAGGCUGAGGGCCUUCCAGGUCAUCGAGACCCAGGAUCCCCCGCGCCGCCUGGCACUCACACCCGCCCACCUCCUCUUCACGGCCAACAAUCACACUGAGCCAGCUGCCCACUUCCGAGCCACGUUUGCCAGCCAAGUGCAGCCUGGCCAGUAUGUGCUGGUGGCUGGGGUGCCAGGCCUGCAGCCUGCCCGAGUGGCGGCUGUCUCCACGCACGUGGCCCUGGGAGCCUACGCCCCGUUAACAAGGCAUGGGACACUGGUGGUGGAGGAUGUGGUGGCCUCUUGCUUUGCGGCCGUGGCUGACCACCACCUGGCUCAGUUAGCCUUCUGGCCCCUGCGACUGUUUCACAGCUUGGCGUGGAGCAGCUGGACCCCAGGGGAGGGUGUGCACUGGUACCCCCAGCUGCUCUACCGCCUGGGACGUCUCUUGCUGGAAGAGGGCAGCUUCCACUCGCUGGGCGUGGCCGGGGCAGGGAGCUGAAAGGAUCCUUCUACUGCCCUCCCAGAACUGCCCACAUGGGUCCAAAGGCCUCCCCACCAGGAGGGCAUUGGCCUUGCAAGGGACCUGAAUGGGGACACUGGUUCCCACCAUCUCCUCCACCACAAAGAUACAUCACUGAGACUUGUACUGGGUGAUGCCAGCGUCCCCCCAGCCCCAUCUUGGUGUAGUGACAAAGCUGCAAGCUGAGCUGGCAAUGGGGCGUGGUCUCUCCUUCUAUCCUAGAGACCAGUGGGUCCCAACCCAGCCAGCCCUCACUACAAUUUUUCAUUCCUGCCUCCCCCAAUGGGGAGGGCCCAUUCUGUCCAUCUUAGGCCCCUCUUGGGUGGGCUUGCACCUCAGUUGAUGCUGCUAGAUUCCCUGGGAGCCAGCAGGGAGCUGGCUGGACUCAAUGCUGCCCAGAACUGAGCAGGCUGCAGGGUAGGACAGCCAGCCUGGCCAUCCUGAGGCAUGACCUUCCUCUCUGGCCACACUCUUCGGGACACAUCCAGAGACUGUUGCUGUCAGUACACAGAGCUGUGUGUUCCAGCCAAUGUGAUCACAGUGCCCAGGACGGGGGCAGUGGGCUAGAUGUCCUGCCCACCCUCUGCCCAGGCUAUACAUUCCCAUUUCUGCUGAACCAUGACCCCCACCCCCUCCUCCGGUCAGUCUCCCCCACCUUAUUUAUUGGCACCGAGGGGGAAGCCCAUGGGAAAAUUUGGGGAUGUUUUGGUCUUUUCUUCCUUUUGUAAUAAAAAUUAUUUAAGUUGUUAGA